CCACCCGCGUCGGCUGAGGCGGUGGGCCCGGCGCCCCCGGGGGCUGUGCGCUGCGCCCUCGGGGACCGUGGCCGCGUGCGGGGCCGGGCUGCGCCCUACUGCGUGGCCGAGCUCGCCGCUGGCUCCAGCGCGCUGCCCGGGCCGUGCCGGCGAGGAUGGCUCCGGGACGCCGUCGCCUCCCGGAGUCUGCAGCAACGACGAUGGACCCAAGCUGGGACACGCGCAGGCGACGACGACCCGCACCGGCUCCUGCAGCAGCUCGUGCUCUCGGGAAACCUCAUCAAGGAGGCCGUGCGGAGGCUCCAGCGAGCCGUCGCUGCGGUUGCAGCCACGGGCCCCGCGGACGCCCCUGGGCCUGGUGGCGGCCGCAGUGGACCAGACCCUGUCGCCCUGCAGCCUUCGGGCACCUUGCUCUGACCCGGGCCUCCUGAAGGAGGAAGAGGUGACCGCUGCGCAGACCCAGCCACGUCCCGCCCCAUCACCAACCCUGACCUGAAGCCGCCGUCGCCAUCCUGGGAGCGACCGCCUAGGCUGCGGGGAGGCGCGUGGG